AUGACAUCAGAGGACUGCAGUAACUCCAGCGCCGUCGCCAGCGAAGAUGAUACGAUGACCAUUGCACGAAUAGCCAGGCCCAAGAUCGGGAGCAGAAAGAGCAGCGGCACCAUGAUUGUCUCGCGCGAAUCCGCCACCACCGUCGUCGAGCCCGACUUCGACGAGAACGACGUGCGCACCAUGUCCCCCCGGAGAAACAGCGAAGAGGUCGACAAGCUCGGCGAAGAGGCGCGGAAAGAUCUGAUCGAGCAGGCCAAGGUGUUGCAGACGAGCCUGCAGGCGAUAGUCGACCGAGUGGAGACGGUCAAGACGGAGCACGAAAAGCUCGAAGGUGGCAACAAAUUCCUGCAGUCAUAUAUCGGCGAGCUCAUGCAGACGUCGAAAGUCACAUCGACCGUCCCGUCAAAAUCCAAAGCCAAGGGCCGAAGUAACAAGUGA